AUGGCCAAUGUGAUUCGCCAAUGCGCGGCUGACGAAGGAUGGGACGGCAGCGACAUGGAGAGUUCGCAUGCAAAGUGCAAGGAAGACAGAUCUUUUUCGCGAGCAGUCGCGCACAUCUCGCCCGGCAUGAGGUUCGGCCAGCAAUUGAAGACGUCGCAGAACAGAGAGUGGAUCUUCUACUACAUCGACUAUGAUGGCCUUAAGGACGCCCUCCGCGUGCACCACAUCUGGGACGAGAAGUCGGAGCAGAGCUUCAUCGAGCAGCUCGAGAAGGAGCUCGACAAGGUCUACACCUUCCAGCGCGUCAAGGCCGAGGAGAUCAUCCGCCGCAUAGCAUCGUCGGAGCGCGAGGUCGCCGAGGCCGUCAACAGGUCGCAGCAGACUCCCGGUGGUGACUUCGAGGAGGACUUUGACAUUCUCGAGGAGGAUCUGAGCGAGAUCAUUGCCGAUGUGCACGACCUGGCCAAGUUCACGCAGCUGAACUACACGGGCUUCCAGAAGAUCAUCAAGAAGCAUGAUAAAAACACGCGCUGGUUCCUGAAGCCCGUCUUCGCCGCCCGUCUCAAGCGCAAGCCCUUCUUCCAAGACAACUACGACUCCUAUGUCCUCAAGCUAUCGCGGCUCUACGACAUCGUCCGCACGCGCGGCAACCCCAUCAAGGGCGAUUCGGGCGCCGGCGGCAAGCAGCAAAACUUUGUCCGCCAGACCACCAAGUACUGGGUGCAUCCAGACAACAUCGUAGAGCUGAAGCUUAUUAUCCUAAAGCACCUCCCCGUGCUGGUCUUCAACCCCAACAAGGAGUUCAACGAGGAGGAUACUGCCAUCACGUCCAUCUACUUCGAUAACACCGAUACAUGGGAGCUAUACGAAGGUCGUCUUAAGAAGACAGAGGGCGCCGAAGCGAUAAGAAUGCGAUGGUAUGGCGGAAUGAAGAGCGAAACCAUCUUCGUCGAGCGAAAGACGCAUCGUGAGGACUGGACAGGCGAAGAGUCGGUCAAAGCGCGCUUCAAGAUCAAGGAGAAGAACCUCAACGCCUACCUCCGUGGCGAGCUCAAGCCUGAGCAGAUCUUUGAGAAAGAGCGCAGGGAGCAGAAGAGACCAGAGAAGGACAUCGCUUCGGAUGAGCAGCUCGCCCGCGAGAUCCAGUACCGUUGCCUGACCCGCAAACUCGGACCUGUGACUCGUUCCUUCUACCACCGAACCGCUUUCCAGCUGCCUGGUGACGCUCGCGUCCGUAUAUCACUCGAUACCGAGCUUACCAUGACCCGCGAAGACAAUCUCGACGGAAAGAAGCGUGCGGGUGACAACUGGCGUCGUAUGGACAUUGGUGUCGACUGGCCAUUCAAGCAGCUUCCCGCCGAGGACAAGGAGCUGUUCCCAUAUGCGGUUCUCGAAGUCAAGCUGCAGACCCAGGCUGGACAGGACCCCCCUCAGUGGAUCCGCGAACUUACCUCCUCUCACCUCGUCGAGGCAGUGCCCAAGUUCUCCAAGUACAUCCACGGCACAGCGACACUGAACCCAACGAGGAUCCACUUGAUUCCCUACUGGUAUCCUCAGAUGGAUGUUGACAUUCGAAAGCCUGUCAGCCACAACGGCAACCUGGAUGACGACAGUGACGAAGAAGACGCAGUCGUGGGCCUCCCAGCUGCCAACGGUACUGAGGAUGACGCUCGUCUAGCGAGACUGCGAUCGGCUCGUGACACCAUGGAGCAAAAUGAGAUGGACCGUCAACGCGACUACGGCACAUUGACCAAUGCAAACGACCCCAACACACUAGACAUUGAGGAUGAAGAUGAGGACGAGGACUAUGAGCAGGCGAAAAAGCAAGGCGGUCUUCGCUACGCACGAAAGUGGGUUGAGCGGACCGCUACCAACGUUGGCAGUACAGUCAUGAACGGCUUGAUCGCCAUCGUUCCCAAGCCUACACCCACCGAUGUUGGCGACGGCGGUUUCCAACUGGGCGUCCCGACCUGGAAACAAGCCGGCGAAGUGAAGCGCUUCAAGGCGCCCAAGGGCAAGCGCAUCCAUGUCCCCGUCCGCGUCGAACCCAAAGUUCAACUCGCCACCGAACGCACCUUCCUCUCGUGGCUCGAAUUCUCCAUUCUCAUCGGCUCCAUCGCCGCCACGCUGCUCAACUUUGGCGACACGCUUUCUUUCGCGGCCGCAUGGGCGUUCACCAUCAUAGCAUGCGUCGCCCUAAUUUACAGCGCUUCCCUUUACCUCUGGCGCGUGCGCAAAAUCCGAGAAAGGAGGGCCGUCGUGUAUCACGACAAGUGGGGCCCGACGCUCUUGUGCAUUGGCUUGUUUGCGGCGGUCGCUGUAAGCUUUGGGUAUCGGUUUGGCAAGGGUGGAUUUGACGGGGGGUUGAAGGGCGAUCUGAAGGGGAAGUUGACGGGUUGA